AUGGCUUUGUCUAAGCACUCCGCGGAUAUCGAGGUAAGUUGUAAUCAGCCUUUGACAAACGUUAAAUGAAAAAACAUUGUUAAUCUUCGGAAUAUCCACAUGCAAAUGGUCGCCAAGGGGUCUAAACCUUAGUGGAAAUCAAAAGGUAGGUUAAGCAAGAGGGAAGUCAUUCGACCUUGUAGUCUGUCGAGCGGUCGAUUGUAGGUACGUUUGCAAAAACGUCUUCACUGUAGAGGUGGUUUAUUCAAAUGGCAGCGAAAGAAACUGAUCAACAACUAAGUAUUCGAUGGAGGCUCGUUACAGCCUUCACGAAGGCCUCAUCAACUUGUUCGCUUGGUCUUUUGCAGUAAAAGACCAAUAAACAACCAAAAAAGCAUCACGGAAAGCACUGUAAGCAACUUAUGUUGUCUUAACUUCGGUAAAACGGAACGCAACUUCUGUUUAUUGAUGCAUCAUAUAAUUAUAUAACCCCUCAUAUCAGAAUCGCCGCCGCACGUGUUGUUCAUUAAACUUAAGCUGAAACCAUACAUGUAAACUUUAUAUAUUUGACUCUAUUAGACAGUGUAAAUUGUGUUUCUUAUAGCGCAAGAAAACUUAAGCUUAGGUGCUUUUGAGUUUUUCUGUGAAAAAUUCACAAACCUCAGGUCCAUGUAUAAGUUUACACGUGCGAGAUUUUUAUUGUUUUUGUUAAAAGUGUUCUCAUUGUUUAAUAGUCAUCAUAAUGACUCACUGAUGUGUGUGUUAUAUGCAGUACUACGCAUCAUAGCCCGCGUUCGAUAUAAUUAUUAAAUUAAUGACUCGGAGGCGUUCUGGUCAUUUUUCUAUAUUUGUUUUUUUUUUUGUGUGUGUUUAAGUCUCUUCUGGGAAUUGCGAGACAAUGGAGUUGUGAAAAUUUUCGAUUUUGACCCUAAAGGCUCAAAGUCAUGUUAACAUUUUAAUCCAUUGAACAUGGGCUAUUAAAUCACAGUUUUGAUACCUAUUCACUGUAAUUAAAUAAUUUUUUCAGAUUUAGUAAGAUACCUAGUUUAUUAAAGAGGUAUCACUAUUUUUAGUUCAAUUAACAGUUAACUAAAAGAUUAUAGUCAUGGAUAUAAUAUUUAUAUUCAUAGUAUAUGAUAUGCGGGUCAUUGAAUGGUCAAGACGGUAUUGGCUAAAGUUCCUGAGGCAGAACGUGCAAAAACUGUUUGAGGAAAUGUGCUUGGUCAAUGGAGGAUUUACUACAUUGCCCGCUUUGUUUUUUGUCAUUGCCUUAACUGAACGUUUUGAGUGUGAAAUUUUUUUCUUGUGUGAGCAAAGCAUGCAAUCCUAAACAUGAAAGGUCUACAAGACUUAAUCUACUUUAACGGCAUCUAAUGGUGCCUUCAAAUAUUAAAGUUCCUGCAUAGUUUAGGGAAGUGCUUACUUGUUCUUCCCUUCAUAUCUUUAUAAGUACUUGCAUGGUUACAAAGUAGUUGAUCACUCCAAAUUUUGUAAUUCCUUCUCUGUGGUUUUUUUUGGUACGGAAAUAAACUAAUAUCUCCUUAGUUUUGAACUCAUGAAUUUAACUGUCAGCUACAUACAGGUGAAAGCAAACAAAGAUAAUUCUUUCCCAUGUUGUCUACAUGUCUGUCUGUAUGCAAAUGAGGAUAACAAUAUUAUAUUCUUUUUUCUCAUGUCUUCUACGUGUCUGUAUGUAGCCUUUCUGCUUGAAAGAAGAAUUGUUAUAUUAGCUGUUCAUGGUCAAUUUCCUCUAAUUACAAUGCAUUCUUUAGUAAAUGGUUGGAACCCAAGAGUAUCAGUGUAGUUCAGUACCCAGUGUAGUUCAUAUAGUUUGAUUGUCCUGGUGAGGGUUGUUUUGAAAAAAAGCUCUUGUCUACUACGUGCACUCAAUUAAAUAUUAACAAUAUGCUUACCAAGUGCUUGCUGCCCAUGGAGAAAAUUUGAUCACUAGCUUUUCAUGCAUGCAGAACAAAAAGCAAUGCAUUUGAUACCCAUUCAAGAGUGAUCAGCAUCAAUUAAUUUUGUCCUAGAAAAGUCAAUGGCAAUGUAUACAAGAGAAUUAAUAAAAGUGGUCACUGAUUCUUUAAGGAAAAGUGUAGAGAUCAGUCUUUGGAAGUGCCUGCUCCCUAGUGAGCACCCUGUGACUAAUAUGUGAUUUUUAUAUACUUCCGCUUAAAGUUCCAUUUUUGUUGUAGCUGCCCCUCUUAGUUGCGGUAAGUUUUGUGCAAUUUCUUUACCAAAGAGAUUUGUAGUAAGGAAUGUCCCCAACAGGUUUCCAUAGCCUAUAGCAAGUUUCAACUUUACAGCUGAUUUAUAGAUUAUAAAAGUUUUCAGUAUUCAAAGCAAUACAAAAUGGCUCAUCCAGCUUUAGUCUUAAAGUCAAAUCUCCCUGGCACUUAGAUAUCAACUACAUCAUUUUAACCAUAUGCUGUAGGUCUGAAUCAGGUGAUGGUGUCAAUAUUAUUUUAUUAGUACCUCGAGGGUUGCUAGUGAUAGGUGUAUCGUGAAUUCCACUCAUGGCUGGUGGGUUUCGAUCAUUAGCGGAGGGCGAAACUGUUCCCUUGAAGCAGUCCAUUGUGGUUCCAGUCGUUUUAUUGUUUUGUUUUAUUAUCAUUUUGCCAAAAAACACAAAAUAUACAUAUUAAAUUUAAAAAAAAAGAUGAGUCAAGGGAGCCCAAGGAAGCCAAUAAGGCUUGUGUAUAGGAACACCUUUUAAAAUUAUGUCAUCUAAUUAAUAAUAAGAAUUAUUAUUAUUACAAUACUGACAUCGGCAAUUUAACUCUAAGUACACAAAAUUUGUUUGGAACAUAGAAAAUAGUCAUUAAAUAGGAUAAAAAGAGAAAAGGCUGAAUGUGUAAAUGCAAAAACGAGAAAGAAAUUAAAGGUGAGAAAAAAUAAUGCAAGAAUAAAUGAGAAAAAAAAAAGCGGAAGAAGCAAAGAACUACACACAAGCAUUAUGAGAGCUAAAGUGUGCUUAUACCAAGAAAAAAUGACUUAAGUUUAGAAUUAAACAAAGCAUUACUAGAGGCAUUCUGAAUUUCAGGGCGAAGGGAAUUGAAUAUUUUGGGCCCUUGAAAACGAAGUGAAAAUUUCCUUACAUUUGUCCUUCAGUAGGGCAAACGGAAGAAAUUCUUACUUCUAGUGUUAUAUGAAUGUACGUGUACAUCACAGUUAAGCAAAAACAUGUCAUUGAAACUGUUAUGAAGAAGGCUGUUUUUAUAACGGUACAUAACCUUAUGUGUUUGGAGUUUGAUAAUAUCUUCAAAUUUUAGAAUUCGUAAGCUUAUAAAUAUAGGAUUGGCAUGAGCAUCAAAAGAAUUCCUGGAAACUAUUCUAAUAACCCGUUUCUAAAGAUUAAUCAAAUGUUUAAGAUUUGACUGAUAAGUUGAGCCCCUACCCCUUGCAUAGUAAUGUAAAUAAGAAUAAACUGAACUAUAAUAGAGAGCACAUAAGGAGGUCUUAUUAAGGCAGAAACUUGAUUUGUAAAUAAUGCCCACUGAUUUUGAGACGUUCAUUGCUAGGUGUGUUUUCUGACCAUGUAGGCAUCGAUCCAUGCUGUCCGUGUUGAUGUUUCUAAGGUGUUCUGUGAAUUUCAAUAGCCUCUUUAACCAUAUGAGAGCACCAGUGAGGGUGUCAGUCAAUGAACCUAACCUUGACUAUGUAGCUCCCGAAGCAGAUAAUGUCCGGUGCUAUUGGCGUGUUCAGAGAUGGCCGAGGUUUGAGUUUGUGAAAGCCAUAUAACCCUGUUAUACUCCUUGAUCCAUUUAUGGUCUACAUGUACAUAACGUACAGUGUGUGUUACAGGUUAAAUCUGAGUUUAGGUUAAUUUGUUUUAACCUUACCAUUGAUAUUCAAUUCUGGUUGUCUUUUAGGACCAGGAGACAAAAAAGAAACUGAGAAUCAACCUUGGUUAAAAAAUUUUAAACUGAAGUCAAAUUUGACCUGUAACAUACAUGUGCAUGCUUCUUCUCGUUUUGCCAAUGUAUCCAUUUUACUUUAUAACUGUUCAGUUUUGUUUUUGGCAUUUGAUGGCCCUGCAGGUGUAUAACCAAGUUGAUAUCUCAUGUAUUGAUAAUGACUUAAUUGUUUAGCAUACAAUCAUACCAGUUUAUUAUCAACCAAAUAACAUUUUUCCUUUUUUUAUUUUAGAACCUUCUUACUCUAAACCCUAAAACAAAACCACAUGCUAGCUUGGUUUCCACAUCAACCACCAAGUCCAAUAGAAAACACUGGAAGAGGAACCACGAGAAAGGCUGUUCUGUAAGUUUGUUUAAAUAUUGAGCAACUUAAUGGUUUGAUAAUUUUUGUUUUACUUUCUUCCUUUGGAAAAAAAUUGAUUUUCACAAGCAUUCCAUUAUCAACAGCAGAAACAAGAAACAAGGUGCAAUUUCAUAAAAAGGGAUGAAGGCUACCCUAUUCUGGAUUGAAAAGAAAGUAAAUUCUUAAAAGGGUUAAAUUAAUAACUUGCAAUAAAUAUUAUAAUACAUCAAAAUGGAAGGUAUUGAUGUCAACUGAGUAUUUUUUUCUCCUUUUUCACAAGUGUGGUUUUUUUUCUAUAAUCAUUCAUUUUUAACAACUAAUGAGACAGACUUUGGCAGUCAAAUUUUAAUUAAGUACAAUCAAGUUCUUCUAUACAAACACUGUAUGCUAGACAGAGUCAAAUUUUGACAUUACAGACCUAGCAUCUUUAUAAACAUGUCAAAAUACAUGUAUGUAAUUAAUGCUUUGAACAACUAUAUGCUGGUGUACUAGAUAGAAGUGCUGGCAGUAAUCAUGCUCCAACUGUCUAUUUAACUCUCAGCAAUGCUGAAGCCUGCAGCAGUUGACAUGUAUAUUGAUUGUGUUAUAGAGUUGUGAAAGUCUUACCAAUAACUUUGAUGAUGUAAAGCACACAACACUGAGUGAAAGAGCAGCUCUGCGAGAGGCUGCAAGGUAAAUAGGGCAAAUAUAUUUGGUAAAUAUUUUUUCACACAACCAUACAUUACUCUGAUUUGUAGUUUUAUGCAUUUAUCAUAAAGUUUUGAUAUGAACCCCCUCUGAAACCUCUACCCUAUAAAGUACAUAUUAUGGCUUUUUAUUGACACAUACAAAUACAUACAUGUAAUAUUUAAGUCAAUGAUUAAAAUUUAAAAUCUAAAACAUGUUAGCCAAAUGAUUUUUGUUACUCCAUUUUUUUUUCUGUGUCACUGGCCAGCAUUUUGUUUUGGAAGUUACAGUUCAACUAUAGAUAAUAUACAGAACUGUUAGUAAGUCUAAGGUUUAAACUAAACAACUUAACAUGAAUAAAUUCAUAGCCUGAAAAAACAGUCAACAUUUCAUGACACCACCACUGGUUUAAUUUCUGGGUGAUGGAAAUGACAUAUGAGGAACAACUGCAAAAAAUCUAUACUGAUGACGUAUCACUACCCAUAUCUGGGUAAUAUUAACCAAUGAUGGUCCAAUGGGAUUACGUUAUUAAUAAUUAAACAGUAUCGUUGAGAAUUUGAGAAAACUCCCAAAGCAUGCUUUUAAGAAACAAAUACACAAUCUGUCAUUACAACUACUCGGUCUUCAAAGACUGGAGAGUUAUUCUGAUAUAGACAACCUUAUUAAUGAAUUUAAAAAAAGGAUCAUUUUAUCUAGUUUAUUGUAACUUUUAUUUAUAUAUCUAUUUACAUAUAAUAUUCACUUGUAUUAUUAUUCUAGUUGCCUGUUUUCCUUGAUGUUGUAAAUCUCUUUUAUUUUCCUUGUAAAGUGUCUUAAAAUGUAUCAGGUCACAUAAAGUAGUGUCCCCACACUGCCUACCUCAAAUAGCUUUUUCAUAAUGUAGGUAGUGCACAUAUGUUGUAUGUAUUUAAUUUCAUUGCUGUUAAUACAGUUGUUGUUGUUGUUAUUGUAUAAAUUGAUUUUUUCCCAAGUGUUACUUAGUCUAUAAAAAAUUAUUUUUGUAACCAACAUCGCAGAUGUCUUAAAUGUGCUGAUGCACCCUGUCAGAAGAGCUGUCCCACACAGCUGGACAUCAAGGCAUUUAUAACCAGUAUUGCUAACAAGGUAUGUAGAGUUGGAAUUUGCUAAAAAUUCAUAAUGAAAAAUCACGUCAGAAAUAGUUACAUUUACCAACCAAUAUAUAUAUUGAAGGUUAUUAUCAGGAAAUCUAUUCCUAUAAGAAUUCCCUUUUUUCACUUGUGUAAUUGAUUAGUCAAAGUUUCAUCAUAAACCUCAUAGUUUUAUGACUGUGAACCACUUUAAAUGAAGUUAGUGUGGCUGAUGUAACACGUUAAGUAGAAAAUGACAAAAAGACAAAAAAAAAUCAGAAAAGGGUGAUCAAUGAAUAAAUUAUACACUGUAGUUACAUUGAUUUGCCAUUAUGAAGAUUUAUCCGUUUUAUUCCCUGCUGUACAGAACUAUUAUGGUGCUGCCAAGGCGAUCUUCAGUGACAAUCCUGUUGGCUUGACCUGUGGUAUGGUAUGUCCUACAAGUGACUUGUGUGUUGGAGGUUGUAAUUUGUAUGCCUCAGAAGAAGGACCCAUUAAUAUUGGUGGUUUACAGCAGUUUGCAACAGAGGUACAUAUGUACAAUGUAACCUUCACAAUACAAUAAAAAUAAGUAGAAGGUACAGUAAUUAUUAAUUUCCAAACCCCCACCACAGAGGGAACUGGAAAUCUUAGAGGGGGAAGACCAAAAUUAAUGAAAUUCCCUCUCUGACAGUAUGAUCCAUAUUUUGUGGAAAUCAAAUCAAGCAAUUAACAUUUUACAUAAAACUAAAUGGUUUGAUUAAAAUCAGUGCACCAUAAUUAUUAUGGAGUGCAGAUGGUCCAGUUGACAGAUGGUGACAACUGCUGUCAUCCUGAAACUGUCUGGAACAGGCAAAUAGGAAUUAAGGGAACUUGAGCUGGUGCACCAUAAUACAUGUAUCAAGUGAAUAGCAAGUCUUGUGUUACAUUGUACGUCACAAAGAACACAACGAUGAUCACUAGCCCUUACACAAUAACAUACAUGGCUGUAAUAAACUUCACACAAUAGAAUGAUGCAAUAUAUUGGCUUAGUACAUCGAACAGCACCUGGAACUUGGUUUAGGUUCCAGCAAGCAUUUUUUUAAGCUGUGAAAAUGUUGAAUGAAUAAUAAAAUUAUGCCAUUAGACUCAGCUUUCGUAUGACAUGGAGAAAUAUGCAGAUUGAGGAGGAGGUUCGGCCGUGGCAGAUAACAAACUCCUCUACAUCGUCAUGUUUUUCUACAAUUCUUCAUUUCAUAUUUCAUUUCAUGAGGGGCUAUCACGGUUUACAAAGUUGCCAAAUUUAGUGUAUUUUAUGCCAAAAAUUUGUCUGACUAAUUCCUGCAGGGAGCCAUUUUUGCUCUGGCUUUGAGCCCAGAAAUGUUCAGCAGAAUUUUACUUCUCUCUCUGUUUGAAUGAAUUUUGCCCAUUGCUAGUUCAUUUUCUUUGAUUCUGCUUAAUUAUGUUCUGUAGUCCCGUUUUUUAAUGCAAACUUCUUUGGUCAGUGGUUGAAUCCUAGUGGUGUCAUGGUAACUGCAUCAUUUAACUCAUUUACCUCUGAACUGCCCAUAACUGCCCGUGCGGAUCCAGGUCCCUUCCACCGCUUGUGACAUCAUCAGUUUUAAUGGCCAAGGACUCUGCUAACUUGUGUACAUUCAAAAGAUUUUUUAAACCAUACUAGAAUGAGCACAAUUCAGUCAAGGAGACCAGGGAACAAGGCAGAAAACCAUCAUAUAACAUUGACCUGAAAAUUUCCAUGAAAACCUUGGUUCACUACCCUCCUACCUGUCCUUUCAUCUAAUCCUAAAAUAAAAAUGUAAAAGCUUUCACAAAAACUUUGCCCACCAAAAUAAAGCCUUCUAAAUGCCCAGCAAGAGGAAAAAAGGCAAGAAAAGCAAAAUAAGAGGGAAAGGAAGAAAGCGAAAAGAAAAAGUCAAGACUGCUUUGUCACUUUUAAACUCAAAAACUAUCCCAAAAUUUUUCUUUCUGUGCAUGCCCGAACAUUUCACUAGCUGAUAUUUUGCAUGUGGAUCAGAAGGCCUCAAAAUGUACAACCUGCAAGUACAGCUUUGUGGUAAGUUUUAGCUCUUUAAAGCCAGGCAUUGACUAGAAAACUGCUCAACUAGCUUCAAAAUGCGAUUUUCAGCAAAAUUUCCAGGCGCAAAUGGGUUAAUGUGUAGUACCAUGAGGUUUAUGAUUAUUUAGUGAUUCCACAUAUUGAAAAACUACUGACCAAGUUAUACCUUUGUAUACAAAGUGUGAUAAAACUUAUUUCAGAGGCUUUUAGAGGAGAAAUAAGUAAACAAUGCAUGGUUUCAUUGUGUUAUAUUUCAGAUUUUCAAGAGUAUGAGGAUUGGUCAAAUCCGUGACCCCUCGUCACCCCCUGCAGAUCAACUUCCAGAAAGCUACCACACAAAGGUCAGUGAUAUUGUUACCUUUGUGUCCUGUGUCCCUGACUCAUAAUAAUCUUCAAAGAUGGAAAAUAAUUCAUGGCAUGUGUCCUGUAGGACACAAAGAACGAUCGAUCAAUUUGAAGAUUUUUUGGUAGAAUAUCCUGUUCGUGUGAUUUCUGUGGCUGUUGUUGAAAAAUACAUGCUUAUUUUAGUCUGUUUUGUGCUUUAAAUACGUGUAUAUCGAAGGACUAUAUUUUAAUUUCAGUAAACUGUAGUAAAGAGCUUUGCAUCUGUCUCCAGAUUAAAUUUUCUGCUUAUGUAAAGGCCCAAGCAUGACUCCUUGUUUUUUUGAACUGGGACUCAUUGGUUAUGGACUGGAACUCAUGAUUUUGUACAAGAUGAGUCCCAGGCCUCACAAUACAUGUAACUAUUUUUAACAAAAUCACUCGAAGGUGCAAAGGUGCAUAACCUGAGAUCAGGUGUUAUUAUUAUUAUUAUUUUGUGCUUCUUUGCUUCUUUGGAUUGAGAACGCCUGAUACUUUUAUUUAGCAAGCUGUCAACUGCCCCCUAAUUUACAUAAUGUGACGUCUGCUUGACCUGUCAUGUUAUUAGCCAAUCAGUGUACGGGAAUCAAAUUUUCACAUGAAUGAUGUUUCUUUUGAAAUUAAUUUUAAAGAAAAUAAAAUUUUUAAGUACAUCCAUGUUCAGAUGGCGCUUCCUAAAAAAAUUUCCGAAUGUUUAUUUUUUUUGGAUGAAAUACUGUUUAUUAACAGCUACAAAUAAUAAAGAAUUUACUGGUAAAAGUUUGUAGACUUUGUUCUGUGCCGAAAGCAGUGAAAAAAAAUUUUGGGCUGGUGCACUGUACUUCACGAACUAAAAAGCGUUGCGAAAGCGAAGAUCGCUCAGAAUAAUUCGCAGGUUUCUGAUGGAGGAAUUACAGUCCAAACCAGGUCAAGAUGCCCUUCAUGAAUUGAUUAUUUGAAAAGUGAAUCCAUUUGUCGCUUCUGUAACUAUCAUUUUAGGAACAGUUUUAUUAUUAGAUCCUGCAUUGAUAAUAUAUAUACGUAGAUUUUUAGUCCCUUAAUCAUAACCAUAACAAAAUUGUCAAAUCUGAUUGGCUAUCAACUGCCCUGAUUUCAGCCUUAAUUGGACAGUUUAAUAGGACAGUAUGCAUCAUGCCUAAGUAAUAUUGGACAGUACGUGCCAUCACGCACGCGCUUAAAUGGCUUUUUUCUCACUGCUAGCAAAACAAAAUUUCGAAUUUCUUGUGUUUUGAUUUAAAAAAUAGCUUAUUAUAUCACAAAUUUUGUUAAAGUUAUGAUUAAUUGGUAACAGAACUUCGUGUCGUCCAAUUCGGUCUGUAAUCAUACUCGUGAUUAAACAAAUUGGACUCCCGCUACGCGGUCGUCCAAUUUUGUUAAUCACUCGUAUGAUUACAGACCGAAUUGGACUCCACUCAGUCCUGUUACCAUUACUUAUCAUAUUUUUUAUACUUUUAUAUUUACUGUACUUAGUUUUGUAUACACAUUUUAUCAGUUCAAUCAUUUGUAAAUAUGUAAUUCAGCUUUCGGGCUGCAAUGUAUUGGUUAUUAAACUAUCUAUCUAUCUAUCAACUUGUACCCGGUAACAAAUUGCAUUCAAAUGAUUGGUGAAUUUUUGACGGCACCUUUUAAGUAUACAGUGAGAUGGAAAUAUUUCAAUGUAUCAAAUUUCUAUUUAGAACAUUCUUCAAAUUCAAGAAAACUGAGCUGGCAGAAAUUUCAUAAUGAACUUGCAUGUGUAUUCACUGCUCCUUGCGCAAGCAAAAAUGCAGACAAUAACAACUAAUCAAUGGUGACAUUUUGGCUAAUUGGAACAGCACAAAUCAUCUGUAUUGUUUCCUAUCCCAGAAAGAAGUCCAAAUUCUGGCUUUUUGAAGUUCAAGUGCUGUGACUGAUGCUGAUUACCUUGGUCAUUCAUCUUCCUUAUACUUUUAUCAGGUGGCACUCAUUGGCUGUGGUCCAGCAUCCAUCAGUUGUGCAACAUUUUUAGCUCGUCUUGGUUACACCAACCUAACAAUUUUUGAGAAGGAAAAUUUCAUUGGUGGCUUGAGGUAAUUGAUUAAUUGAUUGAUUAAUUAAGCUCAAAAUACUUUUAUCUGAAGUAUCUGCAGUUAUCUUUACUAAGUAUUGAAAUGUGCAAUUUGCCAUACAGUCAUUUCAACCUAUUGUAGCUUUCAUUUUGUUAAUCUUGGCAGUAAGAGUUUAUUUUAAGAUCUGUAAGAAGUUAAAAAAAUUAAGACCUUAUGAUAAGGGUGCAUUAUUGCUGUUAUGAUUUCAUGUGUCAAGUAACAAGUAAUCAUCUGUGUUGUUCAAUCUGUCAAUAGCUCUUCUGAGAUUCCACAGUAUAGGCUUCCAUACGAUGCAGUCAAUUUUGAAGUGGAGCUAAUGAAGGAUCUUGGGGUGAAGGUACAGUGUGAUAUGCAUGACAGAUACUAAUACACUUGUUUAACUGUUCAAAUUUUUUUUUCAUGUUCUCUGUUAUCUUGACAUCGAUGUUUGGAACAGAAAUUGGAAAUAAUAUACACUCACUGGAGGUCAUCAUAAGAAAAACACAAAGGAUGCAAAAUGUAUCUGAUUUAUUUCAAACAAUUUUGUUUAGAUUGAGCUUGGUAAGCCUCUGGGCAAGAAUGGCCUGUCAAUUAAAUCUCUGAGAGAGAAAGGAUACGAGAGCAUAUUUGUUGGUAUUGGUGAGUAAACCUCUAGCAUAGCUUUUAGGACUGAGUGAAAUUUCUUUAAGCUCAGGAUCCUUGGGCAUGAGCUCCCUUCAGAUCCUUGUCAUUAUGAGGUGUCCAUUUUGCGUGAUCAGGAGUAAAAACCUACAAGGAGACCUGUGAAGCUCUGUCAAGACUGGCCAAACUCUCUUGUCGGCUUGAGAGAGCUACAGUGUAUAUAAAUAUUACAGGUCAAAUUUGAUUUCAGGUCAAUUUUGAUUUGACCUAGGUUGAUUCUCAAUUUCCUGUCUCCGAGCCCUAGAAGACAAAGGAAAUUGAGAAUCAAUCGAGAUUGAAAAUAAUUUUUUUACAAUUGUUGUAACCUGAAAUCAAAUUAUACUAGCUAGGUACCAGGGGUUUCAUUAAGAAUUCUAUUAGCAGGAGAAAGGUGUAACAUUACAAGAGAAUAUUUUGAAAGAGGCUUCACAUCUGAAUAAAAAUAGUUAUAGCAGGGUUGUCAGAAAGUAGACGGCUGAGUUGUCAAAGUAAGUGGCCAGUCCAGGGGUAUUUUAUUUAAAAAGAGCAAUUGUAAAGAAAUGCCAAGCAGAGUAGCUGGCUGAUACUAACCAAGUAGGUGGUACUUUUGACAACCUUGCUUAGGCUACCAAACAUUAGCCAGAGAAUUCUGCGUAGUAAAUGGUGAAUUCUCUGAUCUCCAAUGCUUAAUGAACACCCUGAGGUACCUGGACAUAUAUUUGGUUAAUGCCUAUACAAAUGAUGAUUUGAGCUAAAAAAAACCUGAUGAUUCGGGACAUUAAAUUGUGAUCAUAAACAAGUCUAUUGGAAGGGGACAGAUGGCAAAUUUUUAAUGCUGGAAAUAUCUGUACAUCAGCUGUAUUUUGUAACUUGUCGUCACAAGGAUACCAGUUGUGGAACAUAUUUAGAGGAGUCACCCACAAUGGAAGCACUAGUGUAACUCACAAGCUAAGGCAAAUUAGUUAGGAAAACAUUGGAAAGUCAAUACAAACCGACAAAUGAUGAACCAGCUGCAUAGUUCAAUGAAAUGAGUAAACAUGAUAAAUUAAAUGUGCUUGUAAUUAAUUGUGCACGCAAAGAAACAACCCACUUUGACUGAUAGGAUAAGUGAAUAACAAUUAAGGAUACUGCAGUGUUAUAACUAUGUUUGUGCAAUGCCUUAUGAUUAACACAGAUUCUUUCUGUCCGUUAGGUCUUCCUCAACCCAAACUGUCACCUAUUUUUGAUGGGCUGAAUAUUCAUAGUGGGUUCUACACUUCCAAAGACUUCCUACCAAUAGUAUCCACAGCUAGUAAGGCAGGUAAGUUACGUACAUGUACCUCUAGUUGUGCUUGCAUUCUUUUGCUGUAGAUGAUGCAAGCUUAGACACAAGCUCGACAAGCAGUGCUCAAUCAUGUUUGCAUUACAGUGGUUUGCACAUUAGGUUUCCUGUGCUCAUUAAGUUUUCUGUGCUCAUUAAGCUUACAUCAUUUGUUUAGACAGGCCUUAAAAAUGAUCAUUAAACACUACAAGCUGGUUUGCAACCUUCCCUUAAAGUUCAUGACCCCUCAAGUUUGUUUAAGAAUAAAACAAGAAAGGAUAACUUGUAAUAAACGAUGCCUCCGAUUGUUUUCCAUUUUAGAUUACUCUUAUUUUUCUACUGAUUUUUAAAAAAUGUAGAAUUAUAUCAUAGGCCGUGCCAUUUUGGGCCUAGGGCAAAGGAUGUAUUUUGAGGCAUUGUUCUCCUUAGAGUAUGUUCAUCGCUCUUAUUCCAUGUUGUUCAAUUUUUCAAAUGUUGAUGAAUUUAUUUGGAAUUAAAUUCUAAAUGACUGUAUCUACAGUCUCAGGCAAAAAUAGUUGGGACACUUGUACAAAACCCGUUUUUUUUCGUUCUUGUGCUCCUCUUGUCCCUCUAAAAGUGGUUUAUCGCAGUUCAGUCACCAAACCUUGUGCACCAACAUUGAGGGGACAAGGAGACACAAAAGUGUCCCGACAAUUAUGACUGAGACUGUAGUUUAAAAAAAAAAUAGAAUAUAGUUGUCUUGUGUUAAUAUUCUCCACAAAAGGGAAAUUAGGAAGUUUCAUGUUGUGGUCGUACAACAACAACUAAGAAAUGUACAAAAGUUAAUGUUUUGCUAAUCCAAACCUCUUGCUUUCUUACUUUUAAUUUUGCUGUUCUUGUUGCGGUCAUCGUCGUCAUUGCUUUAGCUUCCUACUUUAUAGUUGAACCACCAUCUUCCUGUCUAAAUAAGAUGUCUGACUUGUGUUGAUUGUGACGACUCAGAAUGGACUUUUAUUCCUGGGUUUGUACCAGUUAUCCAGCAAAACAUCCAAGAAGAGGUCAAAAUUAUGACCCAACUAUGCAAGCGAGCAGAGAGGCUCAUGUUGAAGAUGUUGUAAUUUGUUACGUAGACGAGCCCUUGUGUAUCCAAAAAUACACUUGGAAGAGAAUGGCAGAAGCUACAACCAAGUGGGCGGAGCUAAGAACAAUGCCUUAAAAUACAGUACCAGACAGAAGUAACCUAAUCAUUAAAAGUUACUGAUUUAUUAAUAGUUUUGAGUUCGAUGACCAAGGAGCUGAUAAUUUUACUAAUCAGAGGAGGUUGUUAGAAACUGUUGAUUUGUUAUUUUCUAGGUAUGUGCUCAUGCAAGUCAAAGUUACCAGAAUUGUUUGGAAAUGUCAUUGUUCUUGGAUGUGGAGACACUGCUUUUGAUUGCUGCACCUCAGCACUUCGUUGUGGAGCUCGGAAAGUGUUUGUUAUAUUUAGGAAGGGAUUCACCAACAUAAGAGCUGUCCCAGAAGAGGUUAGUUUCCUUCCAGUGAUUGCCAUUAUUUUGAUAAAAACCCUCAUCCCAUAUAUAGGUAGGAAAAGGGCUUUAUUUGAUCAAAACAGUACAUUAAAGGGGAUUUAAUAUCCUCCUAAAUCUUCAUCAUACUGUGUAUCAGGUUAUUUUCUUAUUAUUGGCACAGCUGUAGAUCAUGAUUGUGAAACUCAAAAGCUGUAAACUGGAAUUUAUUGUGUUACAAGGAAUUUAUAGUCAGUCUGGUGUGAGAAAACGAAUUAAAACCUCAAGUGCUGAUUUGUUUGUGGUAUUAUGGGUUGCCCAGCACUUGUCCUGAUCUUUGUUGUGAUUGAUCACAACAUAAGAAACAUGCACUCCUGAAAUAUUUCAGGAGUUUACAGGUUUUGAGUUUGACUUCAUUAUUUUUACACUUUUAGAUGCAACUGGCAGUUGAAGAGAAGUGUGAGUUCUUGCCAUUUCUUUCACCGAAAAAGGUAAUCAUUAAUUCUCAUUUUUAAAAAAUUAGUUUGGUGUUAAUACCUGUAUUAAGCUAUAAUUCCAUUACAGUUUUGUCCAUAUGUAUUUUUGGUGGUCAAGAGUGUUGUUGUGAUUGGCUUAGACUUGCUGUCAGGUUUUUAGUGCAAUGGUCUUCAAUAACAGAAAAUUUCUGUUAUUGAAGACCAUUUAAUGUUAGGCAUUUAUUUAAGAUUAGUAUGUGGGUAUUGCUUUAAUUAAUGUCUUAAGUACUGAGGUUUUGUCUUUUUCAAUAUUAAUUCACAAAGCAAGCUACCUGCAGAACAGGUGAGCCAGGUCAGCACAAAACCAAAUCCUUGCAAACAGAGGUCAAUAAAUUCUGCUGACAGAAAUCAGUGUAAGUGCAGACUCCUGCAUGCAGUCAGCUUUUGUGUAAUUUCAGUGUGUUUUGUCUUGUUAGGUCCAUGUUAAGGAUGGAAAAAUUUGUUCAAUGGAAUUCUAUAAGACCGAGCAGGUUUGUAUUUUGUCAGCUAUAAUAACUGAUGUCUACUGAGAUUUAAAUAUGAAACUUUCAGAAUUAAAGAACCAACAAAAGAACCAAGUAUAUAUCACUCCUCCAGAACUGCAUAGUUUUGGUGAAAGAUUAUUUAUUCAUUACAGUAUUUAUUCUGCCUGUGUAAAGAAACUUACUGCCUUCAUUAAUCAAGAAAUUGUUCAAUAUGGCACAUUUCAUGUUUCUUUUAGCUGGAGGAUGGAACUUGGAUUGAGGAUGAAGAACAGACACUGAAGAUAAAAGCAAACUUUGUAAUUUCAGCUUUUGGCUCCACCCUCAGUGACAGUGAUGGUAAGUCCCCAAAGUUAUCCACGGAUCUCAUUGUAAAAGAAUUUAAGCUAAGAUAAGUGCUCAGUACAGUGUACUGUGCAGCAUUGCAUGAUCACAAUCCUAUUGAUAUACUUCAGGACCCUCAAUUCCACUAACUGCUAUGGAUCCAGGAGCAGCCAUUUACCUGUUACCACAAUCUGUGACAUUUAUUUUGUGCUGUAUUGACUAAUAGUACUUUUAAAAAUAGAAAUGUGUUAAGAGGCGAGUAUAUCUGACUUAAGAAUUAUUUUUCUCAAAGUGGUAUGAUUAUUCAUGUAAAGACCAUUUUUUGAUUCAGAGAGGUUCAUGAAAAGAUCGAACCACAUCUUCCAGGUUGAUUCUAUGCAAGUUUGGUCUAUUAAUUUUGGUCUACUAUAAUGUCCUUCAAGUGUUUUGUUUUUACUUAAGGAAGUGACAUAAUAGGGUUUCUUGCUUUCUAGUUAUCAAAGCCUUAGCACCACUGAAGUUCAACAAGUGGGGCUUGCCUGAAGUGGACCUAGAUACCAUGAGAAGUAGUGAGCCAGGAGUGUUUUGUGGAGGAGAUGUUGCUGGAGUAGCCAACACUACUGUGGAGAGUACUAAUGAUGGCAAACAGGCUGCUUGGCAUAUGCAUAAAUAUUUACAGGUUUGGGUCAUGUUCUUAAGUUACCUCAAUGCAUACACUCCCAUUUGUAGUUUAGCUAGGCUUUCCUAUUUCCUAUUGCUAAUUGUCACUCAUUUAGUACAGUGGAACCCUGAUAAAAUACAGUGCCAAAAGGGACUAGGAAAUAAUGUCUUUCAAACAGUGGGAGCAUUGAGUUUAUUGAGGUUCCAUCCCGUAUACAGGUCUGUCACUAAGAUUUUAAGUUCCCGGGUAAAUACAACAAGUAGGUGGGGAAUCAAACAGCUAGGGAUUAAAUUAUAUUGGUUCUAUUUUUCUUCUAUUUUCCUAUGAAAGUAGCCGGGGGUCUUGUGCAUAGCAGCCCUUUGUCAUAUAUGUACGUUUUACACUGUAACUGUCAUCAAUAACCCAGAUUGGUAAGUUAUUGGCUCAGCAAGAGUGGUAACCCUGGUUUUAAAUUUCUGGCUAAUCAACAGUUUGAACCUUCGACUAUGAAAUUCAUUCUAACUCCUUUCAAAUUGGUGAUCGGAGAUCGGAGCAUUUGGCAACACAAGGAAACUGCUCUUCUGUUUUGUUUCCUAUUGUAGUCACUAUAUGGUCUGCCUGUACCCAAAGAACCAAGUCUUCCCAAGUUUUACACUGAAAUAGAUAAUGUGGACUUAAGUGUGGAAAUCUGUGGAUUAAAAUUUGAAAAUCCGUUUGGUUUAGCAAGUGCCCCUCCCACCACCAGUGCAGCUAUGAUCAGACGAGGGUUUGAAGCUGGUUGGGGAUUUGCUGUAACCAAGACAUUUGCUCUGGACAAGGUACUUGACUCAGCCAAAUGACUUUGGUUCACUUGGAGUCAUUCACUUUUUAAUAACUUUUGUCAUUGGUUGAAAUAGAAAAAAAUUUGAACUGUUCCUUGAGGUUCAGAAAGCAUGUAUUCAAAUUGUUGUUGUGGACUUGUAUUCUUAAUUCCUUUGUCCCACCGUUUAUAAAAUCUGGCUAACUUUCAUCUUGUCUUUAUUUCUCUCCUGUAUCUAUGCUCGUUAGUUUGCCCUUGCAUAUCUAAAUUAGGACAAAAAUCAGUGAAUCUCAUAGUACAUAGAAAUGUUUUGCAUUUGAGAAAACAUUGGUGAUGUAUUGCAGAUCAGAAUUGUGUUUUUGUCAUUAUUAUUGUUUUAAAAUUUUACUGUUUGCUAAAAGGUAGAAAUCCAGUUUUUUAAAAUGUCUAGCUAUCUUUUGUUAUAAUGUUCAGGAUAUUGUAACCAAUGUAUCUCCUCGUAUUGUACGUGGGACCACAUCAGGUCACUUGUUUGGUCCUGGCCAAGGUGCUUUCCUGAAUAUUGAGCUGAUCAGCGAGAAGACUGCAGCAUACUGGUGCCGAUCUGUUACUGAACUAAAGAAGGAUUUUCCAGACAAGGUAUAUAGCUUUCCUUUGGAAAUUGCAUACAUUAUUUUAAUACUCUGUUAAAUGAUGUGUAUGGGAAGUUAAAUAAGCAGUUAAGCAAAAAGGAAACUUGAAAAAUUUCUUUAUUGAGCUGAGUUUGAAACCAGGCCUUCUGUGAUACCGGUGCAAUGCUCUUAACCUUUGAGCUGUCAAGCCAACUAGGAACUGGUCACUUUGUGAGUUUGUAUAGUAAUGUGGAUGAUGAUAUGAAAUUUAAUGUAAUGUUACUCUUACAUUAUCUAUUCAAUUUUAUAGUUAUCUUAAGGUAAGGUAAAGGCGCACACAAGCCAAAUUCCCAAACGGCAGGAGCUUAUCCCGGUUUCCUCAGCAUGAAGCAUGCCCAGGAUUAUUGCUACUGACAACCACUCGGCCACACACGCCUCCCCAUAGUGAUAAGCAUUGCUAUAUUAUAAUUGUUAUUUUUGAUGCAAGCGAUUCAUACGCAUUAAAAUGAAAAUCGACCAGCUCUGAAAUCUUAAUGGGGCUCGGGACACAUGCAGUAGUGCUUUUAGUUAGUGAAUUAUGUACUAGCAACUACAAACAAUAAUAAUAAUUAUAUAGAGGAUAUUACACGGCGGCGUGAAGAUAUGAAUUUUAUUUUUCGAGUGGCAAAACAAUAUUUUACGAACGAGCGGAGCGAGUGAGUGAAAUAUUGUUUUUGCAUCGAGAAAAUAAAAUUCAUAUCUUCAACCCGCCGUGUAAUGUGCUGUUUAUCAUGUAGACAAAAAGACAUUGAUAAAAUAAUAGAGGGAAAUUACCGAAAUUACGUCAUGGAUUAACUCACAUGUGAUAUUAUGGAAAAUAAACCACUCAGGUCCCGGAUGUACUUUUUAUGAAUUUUAUCAGUAGUAUAUUUCCCUUUAAAAUAAUAACUUUUUUUAUAUAGCGCUCAUUAUCCUGAGCUCAUAGUUCUUUACAAUGUAAACAACAAAUAACGACAAUAACGAGAACAACAACCUUAAACAGGCAUGCACAUCAAGUGUACAGUGGUAGGUGAUCUGACUAAAGAGCGUAUGGUAUAUUUGAAUAAAAAGAAGACACUUAAGUUUUUUAUGGAUUUGGAGUUUGAUACUUAAGAUACUCAUUGAGCUUAGGACUCUAACUCUCGUUGUUUAGUAUCUGACUCAAAACGCAAUAGUACUAUUAAUUACUGCACAGUAGUUUACAUUUUAUUUGAGUGAUUGCAUGUGUUGCACUUCUGUUUCCAGAUAUUGAUUGCUAGUAUCAUGUGUGGUUAUUCUAAGGAAGACUGGACAGAACUGGCUAAAAUGGCAGAGGUUUGUAUUGGGAGGAAUUGUGACUAAGCAAAAAAAUAAUUUGAAACAUAUAAUUACAGUUAAUAUAGCAAGGUUAAGAAUUCCAUCUGGCAAGAAGCAAGAUAGAUAGAUAGAUACUUUAUUAUAAACACCAUUGCAGCCAUAGGCUGAAUUACGGGAUAUUUACAAAUACUGAUGAUAACAAAGAGAAAAUAAGAAAAUUAUCUACAUCUUAUAGACAUGGCUAAAAAUAAAACUUUUCUUCAAACACUUGGUUUUACAUAGGGGGAGAGUGAAAUCACUUUUGCGUCUCAGUGGAUAUUUACAACUCUUCCUUUGGGGGAGGAGGCUAUGGAGACUGUGGGUGGGGUUACAGACGAUCUCGUCAAACAGAUUGAUUGAAAUCUUUUCUCUGAUCUCAUGAAGUUUCGGUAGGCCAACUGUUUCUAGUGCUACACUAUAUGACAGGUCAGGAUAGAUGAUUCUGAAUGCCCUUCUUUGGAUCUGUUCCAAAUCUUCACUGAUGUAGUUUGGUAGAGAAUGAUGGAAUACAGGACUCGCGUAUUCCAGGACGGGCUUAAUACAUGUCACAUAGACUUGCACCAGUUCACUUGGUGCCACUCCGGAUCUCUUGGGUUGAUGUAAAAAGUAGAGAUGAGAGGAACAUUUUCUAAUUAGUUCAGAGGUGUGCAUGUUCCACUUUAAAUCGUGGCUAAUGGUCACGCCUAGCAAUUUGGCACUGGUGACUAAUUCAAGGGGUUUGCCAUUUAGGACUAGGGGUUCAAAAUCGUGGUUGCUGUUGGAGAAUCCAAUUCGAAGUUCUUUGCACUUGGCCUCAUUCAGUUGGAACCCAUCGAGACUCGCUUGUCUCGAAAGGUCAUCCACAGCUUCUUGGAGUUUGCUCUCACUACCCUUUUGUAACUAUUUCGGAACAAGAUGUAUCAUCCACGUAUUUCCACGUGUCAACUGGUGUGUCCAAGUCAUUAAUCAUGACAAGAAAUAACCAGGGGCCUAGUUUUGCUCCCUGGGGGACACCGGAUGGUACAGAGCGCCAUUCAAAGUGACAAUCCUGAGCAAGUUUAACUCUUUGUUUCCGGUCCAUCAAGAAGUCAACAAUCCAGCCUUUGACUUGACUCGGAAUAUCAUAUGUUGUUAGUUUUUGAACAAGAACACUGUGAUUGAUAAGGUCAAAGGCCUUACGGAAAUCAAGUAGGACUACUCUUGCCGUGGCACCAUUUCCGUCGGUGUUAACAAGCCAAUUAUGCGUCAUAUUGACCAAGGCAUGUGUAGUAGACGAUUUGGGAAUAGUUCCAAAUUGUCGAGGGUCGAUUCUUUGUAACACAGCAGGUUUAACGUACUUCUCAACAAUGUGAUCUUCAGCGAGUUUAGACAGGAUAGGCGUAAGGGAAAUCGGACGGAGGUGCUUGUUAAUGUCAUUAAUAGGCCUUUGUUUUGGGACCGGGACAACGUCAGCCUCUUUCCAAGAAGGCGGAAGGCGGGUUUCGUGGAACAAGGAGUUGAGGAUCGCAGAGACUGGACCCGCCAAGAGAUCAGCGUUUUCUUUUAAUAACCAGUGGGUCCUUUAUGAAUAAAAUAAAUAAAUAAAUAAAGUCUUUAUUCAUCAAGAGAUAAAAAUACAUAUCUUUUGUUACAAGUAAGUGUAAGAAAUUUAAAAAGUUAAAAAGUAAGAAAUAAAAAAUAUAUACCGGUAUAUAUAUCUAGUAUAUUACAUAGCUAAUUCAUAUUUAAAAACUAAACGAUUAAUAAAAGAGUUUUUAAAGCGCAUAGUGUUAAUCUUAGGUUUAAAAAGAUAAAAAAGAUAAAACCUACAAGAGCAGCGAAAAGCGUGGCAGCCAUAUUGGCGCCUGUCACAUAGAAGGUUCCAAUGGCUGGGUUGUUGAGAGUUCUGAGACACAACUUCAGUUAGAAGUUAGGCUAAAGGAGUGUUGGUCUGCCCGUUCCCUACUUUGGGUAAGGAAAUGAUAAUGCUACUGCUGCUGCUGCUGAUGAUGAUGAUGAUUAUGACAAUGAUGAAAACGGUGACGGUGGCAGAUGAUGGCGAUAAUGAUGAUAAUAAUAAACAAUUAUAAUAAACUUAACUUUAAGGACCCAUCUGUUAUAACUAUCCCCAAAGUAAAGGGAUAAAUCUCAUAGUUAUUAGAUAUAAUCGUGUAAAGUUUGCUUAUCAUUUUCGCAUAAAUUAUGACCGAAAUUUCGAAACCGCUGAAUUUCACGCGUUGGGUCUUUGCGAUUUUGGUGAAACUCUGUUCAACGCAAGGCACUAAUACCCACUAUGUGUAGCCGAGAGAUUUUCACCAAAAAAUGCCGGCAACAGCAGAAUUUCGACUCAGACCCCAAAGAGGCGUGGCACUAUAACCACGUGACAUUUACUCCGAUGGCCAAAUAUUUUAUGCUAUAUUGUAGAUUGAUCUAUGUGUUAUCCAUGCUAUAUGUUAGACUUACGAUCAAAGUAAAGGUGGGGAUACCAGAGAGCGUCAAAGUAGGGUGGUACCCUCAAAAAUAACUGGGUCGAGUCGCCUGAAGUGUUUUUUGAAAGAAUUCAAGGAAUCGGCAUUCCUUAAAGAUGCGGGUAUGCUGUUCCAUAAUUUAGGUCCUGCAAUAGAAAAUCUUCGAUCACCAUAAGACUUUAGCUUAGAUCUCGGGACUUGAAGUAACUUAUUCGAGCAAGAACGCAAAGAAUAGGAGCUGCUACAAAAACUGAGCAAGUUGGAUAUAUAACUUGGUGAAAGUCCGGUGAUAGCCUUAUAUACUAACAAUAAGAUUUUAUAAAUAAUACGGUAUUCAACACGCAACCAAUGUAAGUCCAUUAAGCUAGGUGUUAUAUGGUGAAUGUUACGAUGCGUGCUGCUCUAUUCUGAACUAGCUGUAGGUGGUUUAAGAGAACUUUAGGUAGUCCAUAUAUGAUGAUGAUGAUGAUGAUAAAGAAGUGCUCUAGUACAGUAAUGAACAAUAAUGGUGGGAAUAAGAGAAAAUGGGUGUUGCAGCAGUGGCAGCAGUACUUGGCUUACAGUUUGAUUCAUAAUAUGUGGAGGAGAGCAGAGGGUGGCCUGUGCCACAGAUGGACCUAAACUUUAAGUCAUGUCCGUCUGGUAAACAGAGCCAAAGUCCUUGUUCUGGUCCCCCUCCUGGGUACAAGGAAUUGAGUACUGACUAUGAUUGGCUUGUUAAAUCAAUUGGCCAUUCAGGUCAAAGGGAAAUUCGAAAGGCCUUUCCGGUUAUUUGUUGAGUCCGUUGGGAGCCCAGAACAAGGAUAUAGGCGCUGUUUUGCAGACGUUACUAACAACAGUUAGGUAAUCUGCGAUACAGGCUAAGUAGAGUGUUGGAAAGAUGGGUAGACAUAAUAUUCCUAGAGUGGCUUUAUCAUCAAUCUCCUUUUUAACAUCGAUAACUGGAACAUCCGCCUGUACUGGUCAUUGAAAAAUCACAAAUGGCUUUUUUACAGGCGUGUAUUAUUUUGCUUUCUUCAGAAAUCAGGUGCAGACGCUUUGGAGCUCAACUUGUCCUGUCCUCAUGGUAUGGGAGAGAAAGGCAUGGGAUUGGCUUGUGGUCAGGUAUGAUGUGGAUUACAUGCAGUUCUUAGUGCUUGUAAUGGCCAAUAUACAGUCAGUGCUGAGCGUUCAAGUCUUGUUUAUUCCGUUUCUAGCAUUAAAAAGGAAUCUUGCAAAGGAUAAUUUGUUUCUGGCGCUGGCGUAUUGCUGCAUUCUAUUUACUUUGACAAAUGUUUUCGUGUUUUUUCAAAUCAGUGGAAUAAUGAUAUUAACUUAUUAAUAGCUUAUGAAAACUUGUCACAUUACUUGGCGCAAGUGGAUAAGCGCGCAAUCUUGAAUAAGUCAUUUUUUCAAUUUUUGGAGUGUCUUGAUUAAGGCUACCGUAAUCAUGCUUAAGAUGAUCAAAUUUUUGUUUUCGCUUUAGGAUGCUGAAUUGGUGCGUAACAUUUGCCGAUGGGUGCGUGCUGCCAUUAAAAUUCCUUUUUUUGCUAAAUUAACCCCAAAUGUUACAGAUAUAGUGGACAUUGCAAAAGCUGCUAAAGAAGGUAGGACUUCCAGACAUUAAAGAAAGUGAACGUAACAACACUGAUAUUUUCAUCAUCACACUAGUUAAUUGGCCAUGCAAAACAAAAAGAUUAUGGUUGUUGAAAGAAAAUACCUGUAGGCGAACGACAAAACCGAACUACGCGUACCUUGUUUUUCCUACUGUUUUUUUUGAGCUGCUAUUUAAUUAAUGCACCUUGAAAUAUUUCUGUUUUAAAAAGUUUAAUUCAAUCCUUAGAGUGUGAAAUGGUCCGUUCAUCAGUUAAUUAGCCCUUAGUUCUCCACACUAGUCUUUGUGAAUAACGUUUUAUAAGUGUAACCAGGAACGUCAGGAAAGAAUUGCCUGUGAGCAAAAUAUCGUGAUUUGUCAGUGGCGAGCCGGAAGCCGAAGGCUGUGGCAAAUAAUAGUCCAGUUUUGAAUUUGUCGCGGCCGCUGAACAGAAGCAUUUAAGACUCGUGUACAGGGUUAGCCUCAACCUGAUGUAAAUAUAUUCUCAAAUUCCACUCAGACGACCCGUGUACAACUUUAUCUAUUGUUUUAAACUCAAAUUUAGGCACCUUCUCGCCGGCAUUUGUGAAUAUUUUAAUUGAGGUCGAGGCUAACUAAGUAUAAAUGACUCGUCAGUGCCCCUAGCUAUUCAGCGGCCGUGACGAAUUCGAAACUGAUCUACGAGACUGUGACAAAUCAUGAUAUUUUGCGAUUACCGAGUUCAGUAAUUGUUUUAUCAUUCGAUCACCGAGUUUGUUUUUCAAUGAAUAUCCUCGGGAAGCGAAGCGAUCUGCCAUUUUCACGCAAGAGUGAUCGCAAGAAGGAGAAAAGCGUGGUGUCUUAUACGCAUGAGCAGCCAAACACAGUUGGACGACAUUGCAAUUGAACAGACCAUUAUUUGUAGGCAGUUAUUUGCAGGUCACGCGGUGGGCUCUCGGCCAAUGAAAAGAAAGAAAAAUUUGCUUCGAAUGAUGAAAUGUUAUCUCUGGUAAUCGUUAUCUUUACCUUUAUGACUCAUGAACUGGGUGUUUCUUUUUACAGUAGGGUGGAACAUUUAAAAAUUUGGGGUGGGUGGGAGGUUAAGGAGUGCACUGUCCUCUCUAUUUCUUAGGAAAAGUGGGGGCUAAAGCAACCCUAGCCCCCUUGGCUCCGUCAUCCCUGUGUUUAAGCUGCAGUGUUCCUUCUUAACGCUCCACGUAAUGUUAUUAAACACUCUUGUCUGGAAACAGGUAACGCUGAUGGAGUGACUGCAACUAACACAGUGUCUGGUUUGAUGGGUCUGCGUCCAAGUGGUGCUGCAUGGCCUGCAGUUGGCAAAGAACAAAGGACAACUUAUGGUGGCGUAUCUGGUAAUGCUAUUCGUCCAAUUGCACUGCGAGCCGUAUCGGCUAUUGGAAGAGCUUUGCCUGAGUUUCCAAUCCUGGCUACUGGUGGAGCAGACAGUGCUGAGGCAGUUUUACAGUUCCUUCACUGUGGAGCGUCUGCAGUUCAGGUAGCCGGCUGUGAAAAUUGUUUCUCACAAAAUAUCAAGGUGGCUUACUACAAUUUUUUUUUUUGCACAAUUACCUCACGCGCUAAGCUAGUCACGCAAGAUCUCUUAUGCGUAUAGGAAACUCGCUUAAGCCAAACAAGGAAAACCCGAGAUCAAACAUUAUGAAGCCCCUCCGAAAUAAAAUCCUUGUAUUUCUGGGGCUAAGAAAGGCAUUUAUAGCAAAUGCUUUAUCUAUUUUGGUUUUAAAUUUAAAUAAAACUGAUUAUCGUGGUUGCCGGGUUUUAGGUGGUUAUGGCAAAAGGGUAAAUUUUCGCACUAGCGUGAGCCUGCCACCUGUCUUGUUUUUGACAACUGCAAAGCGUUACGAGGAAGUGGAUAAUGAUCGGUUUUGCUACUCUUUAAGCUGUACCUGCAGUAUCUGUUAAAUACGACUGUCGCUUUUGCAAUGAAAACUUUUACUGCAGUGCGCUUGAAAUGGAAGAGAAAAAUGUAGAUGAGAGGAUUCGACUUUCGCGCCAAAUAAAACAAAGAACACACAAAAAGAAAAGGUUCGGGUUUUCAAUCAAUAGGCCUUAUCAUGGUUUUGACGAGUAGGUAACCGCGUGAGAAAUUACAGUGUUUGUGUGAGAAUCUAAUGUCCAAAAAUUUCCGUAAAAUGGCUGUUCUGAAAAAAAUAUGAAUUGUAAACUAAAUUUUCACGCCUAACGAUUCUUCGGAAAAAAUUUGAGGUCGUUACAUUCAGCUAUAUGCGUUAGAACCACGUUUUAAAAUUUUCUAUACAUUUGCCUGUAAACGUUUCCCGGGAAAAAAAUUGCAGACAAAUAUGUGGAAAAUCUGAAGCAAGCGUCUGGAGAAAUUUAAGCUCAGUAACCGUCCCCAAAAUGUGAUAGUAAAAUCCUUUGCUGUGUAGCUUUAGUUUACAGUUCAUAUUUUUUUCAGAACAGCCGUUUUACGGAAAUUAUUCGACAUUAAAUUCUCAUACAAACACUGUAAUUUCUCACGCGGUUACCUACUCGUCAAGAUGGCGUCGAAAACCGUGAUAAGACCUAUUCUUUAAGUUCUCAUAAUUAAUCCUUAAUUUGUGAGGUUUAAAAAUCCCAUGAAUUUGAACAUAAAUGUUUCUCUGAUGCCGUGGCUUGGAGAAUAAUAAACUUACGUCUUGUAUUUCGGCCAAAACCGCCAGUGACAGUACCCUGUGAGCAGAGGCUAUAUUUUUGCGGUGUGUACUCACGUGCGGAAAGUAACCUCUUUUUGCACGUCAGUUAACACAGCGUAAAGGUAGCCUAUGCCUGCAGGGUAUUGUUUAAGUGAGUUUUAAUCUCUGUACAUAUAAGCUAUUAUAGUGUUCAUAACCAAAGACGUGUUUGCUUCCUUGUCAGAUAUCAAGUGCCGUUCAGAAUCAGGAUUUCACACUGAUUGAUGAUUAUACCACUGGACUUAAGUGUUUGCUUUAUCUCCAAUCUGUUCAUGAGCUCUCAGACUGGAAUGGGCAAAGUCCUCCUACUCCUAAACAUCAAAAAGGCAAACUUGUUCCUAAAAUCGCUGAACUUGUUGGAAAGGUAUGCUUUCUUCAUGCAAUUUACUUCUGUUUAAAAUGGGUAAUAUAUUUGUGUUUUUAAGGUCGAUAAAUCAUGCCAUGUUUUCCGUUUCUAACAUAUACAAAUGACCCUCUUUUUUAAUAUCUGGCCCUGCAUAAUAAGGACCUCUUUAAGGCAGAGAAUUUUUCUAACUAUGGUUAAAUGAUGGUACAUCCUGUUUUUAGACAUAAGAUAAAGCAACCGCAGUCAACUGAUCUAAGUAAUCCACAGGUGCUUCUCUCAAAUGAUUUAACAUAUCAGAACACAACUGGCAGCCUGUCAGGAGGCAACCAGAGGUCAAUUUAACUCGUUUUAAUUAAUUGUAAUAUUCUAGUGUAACUGUUGUUUGAGGGUCGGAGAACAAUAGCGACUCUCGUAAAUUAAGCAUGUUAAAGCUCAUUGAAUUGAACCCUAGUGUACAAGAGAUUACAGUCAAACCAGGUCAAGCGUACCCCCAAGAUUUCAUUAAUGAAUUUAUGGCCUGAAUUUGUUAUUCGAAAGUUGAAUCCGUUGGUAGUUGUAGAUUUCAGAUUCAUCUCUGCAUUCUUGCAUGCGUAAUGAGCCGUGAAUUCACGCGCGAGGCAGGUACGACAUGUCUACCACGAAAGGAAAUUAAUCCAUUCAAAGAUUUUUUUAUCUUACAAGAUACAGAGAAGUUCUCGUAAAAUAUUCACUGCUCAUUACGCAUGCAGAAAUGCCGCUUUGAAUUUGACACUAGUUACGGCAACGACUAACGGAUUCAUUUUUCGAAUAAUCAGUUCAUUAAUACAAUCUGGUGGGGUACGCUUGACCUGCCUUAACUGGACGGGGAAGAGAGAAUAAUUAUAAAAGUCAAGGAGGCAAUCCCUCUUUUUUAUCCAAACUCUUAACAUUUUGCCUUCUGCGCAUACUUGAACUUACCCAGAAUAUAUGUGUGUGUUUCUUGCAGUCUCUGCCCAGUUUUGGACCAUACCUUAAAGAACGAGAAAGUAUUGUAGCAAAGCAUAAAGAGAAGAUCGAUUUGUUGAGUGAAAAAUUUGAGCCAGAGAAGGUCAGACCUGCCUAUAAACCAGACAAGGCGGCUCCGCUUAUUAAGGUAAUACAAAGUAAUGUAGGUAUCGUAGCAAGCUCACGAGAAAUUAAUGUUGCAAACAAGAUCGGAGGGAAGAGUAGGAUGCGCAUUUCCUCCUCUCUCGCAUGUACUGUAUAACUUGCGCCUAACAUUUCCAAUGUGACUGCCACUGACGCAGGCUAAAAUAAUGUUACAUCACUCAUUAAGUGUAUCACCUAGUAAUACCAAAUGGCCUUCUUAGCUUACCUGUCAUGGAGCACAUGAUGGUUUGUCCUGAUAUAAAAGUAUUAUAAAUCUGUGAUUAAAUUUAUCUUUAGAUUCUAAGACGAGUACGACAACAAGUACGAGAUCUUCUUAGCACUAAAUAGGGCUUGCGCGUGAACCAGCAUCAUUUUGGCGGGAAAACGUGAUAGCCGUCGUCACUCUUCUACGAGUCUUAGCGAGAAUAGGAACCUUACGAAACAACGACGGCGACGGCAACGGGAACGUCAAAAAAGCAAAAAAUUUAAUGAGCAAAACAACAACUCUGACGUGCAUCACGCUUUUUUGUACAUUUCUUUGCCGUCCCUGCACAACUGCAACGUGAAAUGACUAUAAAUUUUGAGUUGACUUGAGAACGGGAACGGCAAGACGAUAAAUUUUAUUUUCUCUCUCUAAACUCGCACGCAGUCCCCUCUCUUCGGUUCCAACCUAACUUCCCUCCUUUCAAGUAACUGGGUGACUUGGUAAAAGGGCGAAAAAGUUUUAAAGGACGCAAAGUCUAUUUGGCAGCAACGUUUUCAUUGGCGCCGCCGUUGUUGGAUCGUAAGGUCCCUAAUGUCGAAGUAGCGUAAAUAAGUUGUCAAAUGUUAGAAGUUUUAUCAUUUUGCGAUCGGGAGAGCGCAUAACCUCCUUCACUAAAGAUAACUUCACUAAAGAUAACUUUUCUAGUGAAAAAUGGUAAAAUGAAGUUUUCCGGGGAGUCUAUAGUUUGAGAAUACGCGAAAAAAACUUUACGUUAAAUCUCGUACUCAUAGUCGUCCUCGUCCUCGAAUCAAAAGAUCUCAAUUCACUUCUUCUAAAUCAUGUUAAUAGGAUGUCAUUGGUGCAGCUCUGAGUCGUAUUGGAACUUAUGGUGACUUGGAUAACAGGCAACAAGUUGUGGCAUUGAUUGAUGAAGACUUGUGCAUUAACUGCGGAAAGUGCUACAUGACCUGUAAUGACUGUGGUUAUCAAGCCAUUACCUUUGAUGCCAAGACCCAUCUGCCUCAUGUGACUGAGGACUGUACUGGAUGUACUUUGUGCUUUUCAGUUUGUCCUGUUAUUGGUUAGUAGUAUGAAAUGCCCAUAUUGAACCAGUCAGUCAAUCCUCUUAAUGGAUCCUUCCUAUAUUGUGCACUAAAAGUCGGUCCCCAUCAUUUUUCAGUAUUUUUUGUUGUCUUUCUGUAAGGUGAACAGUUCUCAAAAAAGAUACUUAAGGUGCUUUUCAUCCAGACAAAUUUAGCCUUGUGAAUAGAUGAAGAACUUUUUUUUUUCGUUUUUCUGGAAACUUCAGGGCCAAAACUGAAGAAAAAAAUACCGCAGUUUCUGAAAAGUCGAUUUCCUUUUCCCGAUUCGAAUUUCCUGAUCGGUGAUUUUUAAAUUCCAUCCACACAUUUCUCGUGUUCUAUGCCAUUUAGAAGUCCACAGCUAAAAGCUGAUGCGCCAAUUUCAUAAACAAAAUGGCCUUCAAUGGUUUUUUGUACAAAUGAUCGUUGCAUUCAUUUCUCUUUCUUAUCGGUUGCACACAGCUGUAAAUUUAAUGAAAGUGCAUACUGCGAAGGACCUUCCUUUAGAAUUUGUGUAAUGAUAUUCAAGUUCUCUUAUUAUAUCGAGAUUGCCUGUGCUUUCAUGGCGCUGUUGUUACCUAGUGCUUUGCUUUCUUCUGGGGACCAGGCGGUAUUUGUGACACUAUAUUACUACAUGAGAAAUUUCUGCAAUUUGAUUGGCUUUUCAGCUUUAAUGUGAAAAUUACAAACCUUUUGUGGGUAGUAUAAACAAAUAAUAGCAUGAUUUGUACGUGAUAUUUGGCAGAAAUACCACUCGUGAUAUUUCAAAAUUGUCUCAAAUUUCACUCGCCCAACGGCUCGUGAAAUUACGUAGAACAGUGGUAUAACAAUUUUGAAAUAUCACUCGUGGUAUUUAUGCCAAAUAUCACUACAAAUCAUGCUAUUACCUAUACAUAUACUACUACAUGAGAAAUUUCUGAUUCCUUCGACUGAUUACUCCGACUUUGAGUUUCUUCAUCUUUUUAUUUGUUGGUGGGAGCAAUGGUGGCACAUUGGUGAGAGCACUCGCCUCCCACCAAUUUGGUCUGGGUUCAUAUUCCGGUGUUGAUGCCUUGUGUGGGUUGAUUUUGGUGAUGGUUCCCUCCCUCGUGUCGAGAGGCUUUUUUUUUCUUAGUAUUUCCAUUCUCCUCAAACACUAGCAUUUCCAAAUUCCAAUUCGACCAGGAAUGGUAGACGAACAACCACUUCUUGAAUUUGCUAUUGCUAAAUCGUUAUUUAUUUAUUUAUUUGUUGCCUUGUAGAUUGUAUCAAGAUGGUACCAAGGGAGGGACCAUACAAGCCCAGCCGUGGGGUCCCACUUGCUGUCAAAGCUGAGGCGUAAGCUAAUGAUCUGUUAUCUUCGGCAUUGUUGUGGGGGGAGGGGUUUUGUAAUUCACAUGAAAACCAAGACGUUAAGUUAUUCUCUGUAAUGAUCUGGGUGUUUCAAACUAGUGGUUAUAAAGAUUAUGAUCAACACCUCAUGUAAAUUAAUAUAUAAUAAUGAUUACAUAAUUACCGGUAUAUUUUAAUCAAUCGUGAUAAUGUUUUACAUAAUUCUCCGCAAACAACAAUAUACAUUAUCUAAUGUACACAAGCAAGUCUCAAUCUAAAAAUUAUUAUUUAAUGUGAGAAAUGUGAUGAAGAGUUUCUUGUGUGACUUAAGGCAGUGUGUAUUGGGCAUCAGUACAAACCCCGCCCGUGUACAUCUGGAUCUCUUGUACGUCUAUUCGAUACUCAGAAAUAUUUCUUUAUUGGAUGUGAUCGUAGUUACUGACAGGGUUUUACUGCAUAUCUAAUGCAUUCGUAUUUUUCUAGUUGAUAUUUAUGGAUUGACUGGAAGUAUGUGGAAAUUAUUUUAGUGGUAAAUUUUUAGCCUAGUAAAUGUACUUACCCAGGAGGUCAUGCCAAUAUAUUUUUGUAAUGAUAAGGUGCAGUGAGUAAAUAAAGUGCAUG